UGAGAGGGACAGAGCGAAACUGAGAGGAGCCACCACAACAAAACUUCUCCAACAAUCAGCAAGUGGAACUACAGGCUGGCUUCUCUACUUUUCUCCCCGCAUGGCUGCUGAGUUCUUGCAAAUAUAACUUCUGUAGUAUAUAAAGUUCUGGUGGCGGAGGCAGAGGGGGGUCUCCGCUUGUAAAAAAAAAAUGGACCAUUUAGUAAGGACCAGGUCACGCAGGAGAACACCGCUAAUUCUUUUUAUCCUACUUCAUGUGGCGACGACACAAACUGCUGAUGCCAUUGAUGUUCUGCAAGUGCUGGAGCUGUCAGAGAAUAUGGAGGGGGUGUCCUUAGAGGCUGGUCUCUGCACCAGCAGGAGGGGCAUGGAAGAGACGGACCUGGCCUACAAGAUAGACAAAAAGAUCCAGCUCAGUGCCCCCACCAAGCAGCUCUUCCCUGAUUCUAGAUUCCCAGAAAAUUUCUCCCUGAUGACCACUGUGCGAGCUAAAAAGGGCUCUCAGUUCUUCCUAGUUUCAGUGUAUGAUGACCAAGGGGUGCAGCAGCUGGGGCUCGAAGUGGGCCGUUCACCUGUCUUUCUAUAUGAGGACCAGCAUGGGCAGCCCACACCAGAAAUGUACCCUAUCUUCAAGAAGAUCAACCUGGCUGAUGGAAAAUGGCACAGGAUAGCCUACAGUGUGCAGAACAAGUCUGUGACCCUCUACUUGGACUGUAAGAGAGUAGAGACCCUGGAUCUGCUGCGAGGGGACAAUGCUGUUGUCAGCACAGAUGGUGUCACUGUGUUUGGGACACGGCUGCUGGACGAAGAUGUAUUUGAGGGAGAUAUUCAGCAACUACUGAUUCUGGAAGACCCCCAGGCUGCUGCCAGCUACUGUGUAAACUACAUACCAGACUGUGAUUCUACUCUGCCCUACAAAAUCCAAGCCCUGGAGCUGCAGGAGCACUCCCAACUUGUGUCUGAUGCCUUGAUGCAAAGUGACCAGCCAAGUGAACCAAAGGAGAACUCCAAAAAGGACAGGAAAGGCAAAAAGAACAAAAAGAAGAGGGACAAGGGCUCUAAAGGAAAAGGCAAACGCAAAGGCAAGGGCAAGAAGGGUUCCAGAAAGAAAAAACAUGAAGAGGAGGCUCUUGAGGAUGGCUUCCUCGGGGUGUCCACAACACUGCCUGAGUAUCUAUCCCAAGAACCUUUUCAGCCCACAGAGGUGGCAGAAAUUAAGAGCACCCUAGAAACUGCCAUCCCUACUGAAGCCUUCGACAAGACCUUCAUGGAGAUGCCCACACAUGAACCUGAUUCUACAACUGAGGCCCCCACUGUGGGGCCUAGUGAAUCAAAGGUUACUGAGGAGGGGGGCAAGCCAGUGACGAAGCCAGUGGUGGAGGAGUAUGCAGAUGACCUUUACAAAGACCUCUAUGAUGAUCUCUCAGUUUCCUCGGUAACAGUGGGCCCCAAUGUUACUGAAUAUGAGAUUCUUGAAUAUGAAGACUACAAGAAUGACACACAGUCAGAGUAUGAAGAGUAUGAAAUUUAUGAGGAUAGCUUUGAGUUUGCAGAGCGGGAAAGAGCUGGGACGUGGAAUGGAGAGGCUAGCCUCAGAGCAGAGAAAGGCCAGAAGGGAGAGCCAGCUAUUAUUGAACCGGGUACAUUAGUGGAAGGACCCCCAGGUCCACCAGGGCCAGAGGGGCUCACUGGCCCAGCUGGACCAACAGGCCCUCCAGGACCCAGGGGAGAUCCUGGUGACUUGGGUCCCCCAGGACGUCCAGGUAUUGCUGGGGUUGAUGGGAUUCCAGGUCCUCCAGGAACCCUGUUGAUGCUACCAUUCCAGUAUGGAGGGGAUUCCCAGAAGGGACCAGUGGUGUCUUCUCAGGAGGCUCAGGCACAGGCUAUACUUCAACAGACCAAGCUGUCACUGAAGGGACCUCCAGGUCCACUGGGUCUUACAGGGCGACCAGGUCCACUGGGUCUUCCAGGUCCCACUGGGCUCAGAGGUAACAGGGGAGACGAUGGCCCACCUGGACCACAUGGGUUGCCAGGCCCUCAGGGAAUUAAUGGAAAGCCAGGAAAGAGGGGGCGUGCAGGAACGGACGGAGGUCGUGGAAUUCCAGGAGAAACAGGCCCCAAGGGUGACAGGGGUUUUGACGGCCUGCCAGGUCUCCCAGGAGACAAGGGACACAGAGGCGACAGAGGAAAGCCUGGUCCUCAUGGGCCUGUUGGAGAGCCGGGAGAAAAGGGACCUGAUGGACCUUUGGGGCCAAGAGGGCAACCAGGCGAAUCUGGUGCUCGGGGUCUUGUUGGGCCACGGGGGCCACCUGGCCCACCAGGCCAACAGGGUAUUGGUGGAACUGAUGGAGCACAAGGGCCAAAGGGCAACCUGGGUCCAGCUGGAGAGAUAGGACCCCCAGGCCAACAGGGAAAUCCAGGAGUGCAGGGCUUGCCUGGUCCUCAGGGUCCCAUUGGAGUGCCAGGAGAGAAGGGUCCCCAAGGGAAACAAGGGAUGCAGGGACUACCAGGCAUUGAUGGCCCUUCCGGUCACCCAGGAAGAGAAGGCCCCGCGGGAGAGAAAGGCAUCCAAGGUGUACCAGGUGCUCAGGGACCUGUUGGGUACCCGGGGACCCGUGGAGUCAAGGGAGCGGAUGGAGUUAGGGGUCUAAAGGGGAGCAAAGGUGAAAAGGGAGAAGAUGGCUUCCCUGGGUUCAAAGGUGACAUGGGCAUCAAGGGAGACAGGGGCGAUAAUGGAAGUCCUGGGUCUCGUGGAGAGGAUGGACCAGAGGGGCUAAAGGGCCAAGCAGGACCCCUGGGUGAUAUAGGAACUCCUGGGAUAGCUGGCGAGAAGGGUAAACUUGGUGUGCCUGGAUUGCCAGGAUACCCAGGAAGACAAGGUCCUAAGGGAUCACUUGGCUUCCCUGGUAUGGCCGGGGUCUCAGGAGAAAAAGGACGAAGGGGUCCAGCUGGUCAGGCAGGGCCUGGAGGCCAAAGAGGUCCUAAUGGAGCUCGGGGGGGAAGAGGAGCAAAUGGGCCCACUGGAAAGUCUGGAGAAAAGGGUUCUUCUGGACAAGAUGGCCCUCAAGGAUCCCUCGGAGAACAGGGUCCCCAAGGACCACAGGGAAGACAUGGCGAACCAGGACCCAGAGGGCCUAAUGGUCCACCAGGAAAAGAUGGAUUACCAGGUCAUCCAGGCCAGAGAGGGGAAGCAGGUUUCCAAGGCAAGAAUGGACCCCCCGGCCCCACAGGCGUUGUUGGACCACAGGGCAAAUCUGGUGAGACAGGGCCCACUGGAGACAGAGGCCAUCCAGGUUCACCAGGACCGCCGGGUGAGCAAGGUUUACCAGGAAGUGCCGGAAAGGAGGGUGCCAAGGGAGACCCAGGUCCGUCAGGAGCCUCAGGGAAAAGUGGCCCUGCUGGACUCCAAGGCUUUAGAGGGAGCAGAGGGACCCCUGGUGCAAUGGGUCCUGCAGGUCUGAAGGGAGGAGAGGGCCUACCUGGUGUUGCAGGAGCUAUUGGUGCCACUGGAGAGAGGGGCCCUGCUGGGCCGGCUGGUGCUAUUGGCCAGCCAGGACGGCCUGGCAGUGUGGGUCCUGCUGGGCCGAUGGGAGAGAAAGGCGAGCCAGGAGAGAAGGGUCCUGUGGGACCGGCUGGGCAUGACGGGGAACUGGGACCUGUAGGGCUGCCAGGGAUUGCGGGACCUCCUGGGCCUCCAGGAGAGGACGGAGACAAGGGAGAGACAGGGGGACCAGGCCAGAAGGGGAGCAAAGGAGACAAAGGAGAAGCUGGACCUCCAGGGCCUGUUGGAAGCCAAGGACCUGUGGGCCAGCCAGGACCGCAUGGUUCAGAUGGUGAACCAGGACCUCGUGGGCAGCAGGGCAUGAACGGACCAAAAGGAGAUGAAGGACAGAGAGGCCACAAGGGGACAUCUGGUCCCUCUGGACUCCAGGGAAUGCCAGGCCCAUCAGGGGAGAAAGGAGACAAUGGGCACGUUGGCUCAAUGGGGCCUCCAGGACAACAUGGCCCACGAGGCCCUCAGGGGCCCAUUGGGGGAGAGGGUCCAGCAGGAAUGCCUGGUGGUGUUGGUCAGCCUGGACUUGUUGGAGAGAAGGGUGAAGAUGGAGAAGCUGGAGACCCUGGGUCAGCUGGAGAGCUUGGCAUUGCUGGUGCUAAAGGCGAUGUGGGCGAGAAGGGUGACUCUGGCCCUCCUGGCGCAGCUGGGCCUACAGGACCCAGAGGAAUACCAGGGGAGGACGGAUCCAAAGGCAACCUUGGCCCUAUUGGUUUCCCUGGAGAUUCAGGAGCCCCUGGAGAAGCUGGUGUCAAUGGAGCAGAUGGUGGACCAGGACCUAAAGGAGACAAUGGAGAACCUGGCAAAGCUGGACCACCAGGAGCCUCUGGAGAGCCAGGUCCUACAGGACCUCCUGGACGGAGGGGUCAUAUAGGUGCUGCAGGAAAAGAAGGGAAGCAGGGCAUGAAGGGAGCCAAGGGGACAACAGGAUCCCAUGGUCCAGUUGGGAAGACAGGCCCAGUGGGACCCCAAGGGCAUCCAGGAAGGUCUGGCCCAGAAGGUCUUCGAGGCAUUCCAGGUCCAGGGGGUGAACAAGGGUUAAAUGGACCACCAGGACAAACUGGACCACCAGGACCAAUUGGACCACCUGGACUUCCAGGAUUAAAAGGAGACCCUGGAAACAAGGGAGAUAAAGGUCAUGGUGGGUUGAUUGGUCUAAUUGGCCCCCCGGGAGAACCUGGUGAGAAGGGAGACAGAGGCCUGCCAGGGAACCAGGGUACACAAGGGCCUAAAGGAGAUGAGGGUACAGCUGGCUUACGUGGUCCCACUGGCCCUCCAGGACCACCUGGACUCUCAGGUGCAGCUGGUGAGAAAGGAUCGAAAGGAGAAAUCGGUGUUGUUGGUCCCAGAGGAGAUCGAGGCCUUGCUGGCCCCCCAGGACCCCCAGGACCCCCUGCGACAAUGAUCGAGCCCCUUCCUAUCAGGGAGGGGAGACGGAAGAGACGAAGACACUCUGAUUGGAGAGCAGGAGCAGCUCCAUCCAAAGAGGAGGAUGUGGAUAUAGAGGAGUUCCUUCAGGGAGAUCAGCCUCUGGAGGAUGCUGAGGGAAUGGAAGAAGUCUUUGCUACCCUGUCUUCCAUGAAAACAGAAGUAGAGGUGAUGAGGAGGCCCCUGGGAACCUUUGAGAGUCCUGCACGGACCUGCAAAGAGCUCUUGAUGGUCCAACCUGACUACAAAGAUGGUGACUACUGGAUUGAUCCUAACCAGGGUUGUCACAGAGACUCCAUCAAGGUCUACUGUAACUUCACAGCUGAUGGAGAGACAUGUCUCUACCCUGACAAGAGGAUUGAGAUGGUGAAAUUAGCAGCGUGGAACAAAGAGAAGCCAGGAAGCUGGUAUAGCCAAUACAGGAAAGGCAAGCAGUUCUCCUACAAUGACAGGGAUGGGAACCCUGUACAUGUAGUUCAGCUGACCUUCCUGAAACUACUGAGUGCCACGGCCAAGCAGAGCUUCACCUACACCUGCCAGAACUCAGCAGGCUGGUUUGACAGCACCUCCCGCUCUUAUCAGCAUGCCCUCCGCUUCCGGGGCAGCAAUGAUGAGGAGCUGACACAAGCCAAAAGCCCCUUCAUCAAUGCUGUGCACGAUGGAUGCCAGCUCCGCAAAGGUCAGGAAAGGACUGUUCUAGAGAUUGACUCCCCCUCUGCAGAGCUGCUUCCUAUUAUAGAUGUGGCUCCAGCAGAUUUUGGCAACAGCAAUCAGAAGUUUGGAUUCCAAGUUGGACGAGUAUGCUUUAAUGGUUAACAUCUUGCCAGCAACAAACAAACA